AUGGAAAAUGCUGACCGCGAUGUGAAUGCCGAUUGGAAGGAUCAGUCGAAGUUUUUGGAUAAGUUGGUCAAAGAAGAGGAGCUGUACGGACAAAAUUCUCAUUUCAACUUUGGCAAGAAAGCUGAAGCACCAGAGGAGCCUACACACAAUCCUCGCCCCGACUUCGAAAAGGCUGACUGGCGUGAUAUCGAAAUAUGGAAGGAGAUCCGAGAACGUGAAAAAGCCGAACAAGCGCCAAAGAAAGUUGAUUGGAAGCCCGAAGAGCACUAUGUUUCUAGUCGAUAUCGCUGA